AUGGUAAAGGAGGCCCAGAUCGUGCAUAUAAAUGACGCGGACAUGAGCCCAUCCAAGAUGCACCCACGUUCAUCACCAAUUGAGCAUCUCCAUAUCCUCGAAGAUGAAAUUGGCCUAGAGGCAGUGGGGGUAUUUGUCCAGAGUUGCAGAACUCCCCGCACAUUCAACUACACCUAUGGAAAUUUCGAUGUCUCCGAGGGGCGUUUCAGGCCAUUAGAAGCUGUCCGGCUGCUUCUUGGGUGCCAUCGGGAUGCACUUGAGGAGUUGACGAUGUUGUACAAUGAUGACUGCAUCAAGCAACUAUGGUAUGAUCUUUCGGCUCGCGAGUGGUAUAUGGGCACGGAACUGCGGCAUUUUACCAAUUUGAAGACCCUUCGGAGUGGCAUGCACAGUCUACUGGGUUUACCUCAACCGCAUUCAGAAGCAAAUGAACAGUACCGCGCGGCUUCUGAUAUGGUGACACCAGACCUAAUAGAUGUGCUCCCUGGGUCAUUGGAGCGAUUAGCGAUUCGGUAUGCAGAUGAGAGGAUUGUGCCUCAUUUGCAGAGGGUUGCGGAAGUUCGUGCACGGCAGUUUCCAAAUUUAAAGAACGUCGCCGUUGGAUUCUGUCAAGAGGCAGUGAAGAGCAACAUGGUGUUACAGAUGGAGGGAAUGGAGUUGAUUAUGCUGUAUCAGUCCAAGUUAAAGCGAGUUGCCCAUGCCUACGAUAGAGAGGGUUCUUCAUGGUUAGGGUCACCGGUUUUCAGAUACUGA